AUGACAGGAUACAGGGAUGAUAUUCAUCUUCCUUUCUUCUGCUAUGUCUCUCUUUUCUCUGCUUACAUUAUGACAGGAUACAGGGAUGAUAUAUUUCACUCUUGUUCUUCUAUGCUAUGUCUCUUUUCUCUGCUUAUGUAUUUGACAGGAUACAGGGAUGAUAUUAAUCACACUCUUCCUCUUCUAUCUAUGUCUCUUUUUCUCUGCUUACAUUAUGACAGGAUCUAUGCACACUCUUCCCCUCUUCUAUGCUAUGAUACAGGGAUGAUAUUAAUCACACUCUUCCCCUUUCUAUGCUAUCUCUCUUUUUCUCUUCUUACAUUAUCAGGAUACAGGGAUGAGAUUAUGCUUUUUUCUUCUCUUUUUCUCUGCUUACAUUAUGACAGGAUCAGGGAUGAUAUUAAGCACACUCUUCCCUCUUCUAUCUAUGUCUCUUUUUCUGUUUCUAUUAUGACAGGAUACAGGGAUGAUAUUAUGCACACUCCUAUUUCUUCUAUGCUAUGUCUCUUUUUCUCUGCUUACAUUAUGACAGGAUACAGGGAUGAUAUUACUUUCCCUCUUCUAUGCUAUGUCUCUUUUUCUCUCUCAGCCCUCUUUCUUCUAUCUCUGGAUGAUAUGCAGCACACUCUUCCCUCUUCUAUCUAUGUCUCUUUUCUCUGCUUCAUUAUGACAGGAUACAGGGAUGAUAUUACACCUCUCUUCCCUCUUCUAUGCAAUCUCUUUUUCUCUGCUUACAUUAUGACAGGAUACAGGGAUAUUCAUAUCUUCCUCUUCUAUGCUAUGUCUCUUUUUAUCUAUUACAUUAUGACAGGAUACAGGGAUCUAUCUAUCUAUCUCUCUUCUAUGCUAUUUCUAUUUUUCUCGCUUCAUUACGACAGGAUCUAUCUAUCUAUCUAUCUUUUCUUCCUCUUCUAUCUCUAUGUCUCUUUUUCUUUGCUUAUAUUUGACAGGAUUCAUCUAUCUAUCUAUCUAUCUAUCUAUCUAUAUCUAUCUUUCUAUCUAUCUAUUUCCAGGAUACUGUUCAUAUCUUUUUCUCUUUUCUAUGUAUGUAUUUCAGCCCGCUCAUAUUAUCUAUCAGGAUCUAUCUAUCUAUCUAUCUAUCUAUCUAUCUAUCUAUCUAUCUAUCUAUUUUGGUCUGUUCUAUCUAUGUCUAUUUUUUUCUUUGUCAGCCCACUCAUCCUAUCAUCUAUCUAUCUAUCUAUCUAUCUAUCUAUCUAUCUAUCUAUCCCUAUCUAUCUAUCUAGGUCUGUUCAUAUCUAUGUCUGUUCAUAUGUGUAUUCAGCCCGUUCAUCCUAUCUAUCUAUCUAUCUAUCUAUCUAUCCUAUCCUAUCUAUCUAUUUUGGGUCUGUUCAUAUCUAUGUCUCUUUUUCUAUGUGUAUUUCAGCCCGUUCAUCUAUCUAUCUAUCUAUCUAUCUAUCCUAUCUAUCCUCUGUCUAUCUAUUUAUCUAUCUGUUCUAUUUGUCUCUUUUUCAUAUUUAUGUCUCAUCUAUCUAUCUAUCUAUCUAUCUUCUAUCUAUCUAUCUAUAUCUAUCUAUGUAUCCUCUAUAUUUCGGUCUGUUCAUAUCUAUGUCUCUUUUUCUAUGUAUGUAUUUCAGCCCACUCAUCUAUCUAUCUAUCUAUCUAUCUAUCUAUCUAGGUCUAUUUAUCUAUUUCUUUUCAUUUCUAUCUAUAUCUCUUUCAUCUAUCUAUCUAUCUAUUUCAUCUAUCUAUCUAUCUAUCUAUCUAUCUAUCUAUCUAUCUAUUUCUGGUCUGUUCAUAUCUAUGUCUCUUUUCUAUAUAUUUCAGCCCGUUCAUCUACCUAUCUAUCUAUCUAUCUAUCUAUCUAUCUAUCUAUCUAUCUAUCUAUCUAUCUAUCUAUCUAUCUAUUUCAAUCUAUUUCAUAUCUAUGUCUCUUUUUCUAUGUAUGUGUAUUUCCAGCCCGUUCAUCUAUCUAUCUAUCUAUCUAUCCUUAUCUAUCUAUCCUAUCUAUCUAUAUCUAUCUAUCCUCCUAUCUAUUUCCCGGUCUGUUCCUUAUCUAUAUCUCUUUUUUCUAUGUAUGUAUUUCAGCCCGUUCAUCUAUCUAUCUAUCUAUCUAUCUAUCUCUAUCUAUCUAUUUCCGCCCGUUCAUCUAUCUAUCUAUCUAUCUAUCUAUCUAUCUAUCUAUCUAUCUAUCUAUCUAUCUAUUUCGGUCUGUUCAUAUCUAUGUCUUUUUCUAUGAUAUUUACCUUCAUUUAUCUAUCUAUCUAUCUAUCUAUCUAUCUAUCUAUCUAUCUAUGUAAAUCUUUCCAUAUAUCAUUAUAUUUUAUCUAUCUAUUUGUAACAAUCUGUUCAUAUCUAUCUAUCUAUCUAUCUAUCUAUCUAUCUAUCUAUCUAAGCACCAAUAUAUCUAACUACCUUUUUUCAUCUAACCAUCACACUUCCUAUCUAUCUAUCUAUCUAUCUAUCUAUCUAUCUAUCUAUCUAUCUAUCUAUCUAAAUCUUUCCAUAUAUCAUUAA